AUGAGUCUCUAUAAUACUUGUGACUUACCGUAUGAAAGUGAUGGUUAUUUAAUUUCAAAUUUUGGAGAUAUUACAGCUACAUUGAGUCCUUUAAAUCAUGCAACUUCACCCCAUUGUAGAAUAAGCCCAUUAGUUAUACUGUCUAUUUUGGAUUCUCAUGUUCGUCGCCAACUUGGACAUCAACUGGUUUUAGGUACAUUACUAGGUUAUGUAAAUGAGAGUGGAAAUAUAUUAAUAUCAGACUGCUUUGUGGAUAAGCACUCAUUUACAGAUGAUGGGAUGUUAUCUAUAAUGAUUGAUACUCAUGAAACUAUGUUCGAACUGAAACAAAAAGUCAAUUCAAAAUUGCAGGUAGUUGGUUGGUAUAGCACAGGAACAUCAAUUACUCCUGUAAGUUGUGCAGUACAUAAUUGGUUUAGGACAGAUACUUUUAGUUCUAAAUUUCAAUCAACACCUUUACUUCUUGAUCCAAUUCAUAUAUUAGUAGAUUCUUCAUUUUCUAAUGGGAAGAUAUCUGUUUCAGCAUAUACACAAAUUCCAUUAUCAUGGUCUAGUUCAUCCAUUUCAGCAUUCCAAUCUAUACCUUUGGAUAUUAUGGCAAGUACAUGUGAAAGGCUUCAUAUAUCACAUAUAAUAAAACCUUUAUUAGAUAAACACCAUUAUAAUGCAUUGGGAUUACCUCCAAAGAUUCUCCCACGAACAAUACUGGGUCCAGAAGAUGAAUUGUGUACCGUACUUCCACUGAAUAGUUUAGCAACUAAUCCUUAUGCUAAUUUAAAUACACUGAUUUCGAAGUUACUUUUAAUGGUACAAAAGUGUCUAGUUUACGUUCAGAAAGUACAAAAGGGUGAGAUUGUAGCCAAUUCAAUUAUUGGUCGUCAAAUAGAUCAGGCAAUCCAUAUGAUAUAUGACUUUGACCCUCAUGCAUUUAAUGCGGCUAAGCAGGUUGGAAUUCAAGAUUCUUUAAUAAUUGGAUGCCUAACAGAGUUAACGAAGGUACAAUUAGCUUUAGCUGAGAAACUACAGACUUUGAUGUUGUCUUAG